GCCACAAUUCGUGUGACGAACAGUGAAGUACGUACAAUGCAUACGACGGGCAUCGAAUCGCGUUUGCAAUACUAAUCGAGCCCUUGCAGUGCUUUCCUGGACAAUACUAUUGUGUACUAGCAUUAGUAUCGGGAGGGCGUGCGCCGGCGCAGCUGUGCCGAUACACAGUCAAACAUAGUCCAACACACGUGAAAUACAAUAAAAGUGUAUUUAAAAAGUGUGUGAAAAUUACGAAGCUGUGGAUUUUUUCCGAAAAUUGCAAAUUUUUUUUUCGGAGUUCUUUUUACUGAACCGGUUAUGGGACGUCCGAUGUUGGCGUUAGUCAUCGGCGCGGGGCUCCUCGCCGUCGUCGCGUGCGGCCCUCCUGGCAAGCCGUCCUUGGGAUGGGGUGAAAGAACAUUCGCCAUCGUCGAAGUCAACCAAGCCGCCACAGCUUACAACCAGCUGGUAACAAAGAAAGAUGCCGCCGAUGUUACUGUCACGUGGAACGUCUGGUCUGGUGACCCAGCUGAAAAAUCCAGGGUACUGCUCAACGACAAGGAGUUCUGGUCUGGAUCCGGAUCAGCCACCUCAGCCACUUUCAAAGUUAAGAAGGGUGGUAGAUACCAAAUGAAGGUGGAACUCUGCAACUCUGCGGGAUGCAGCUACAGUGAAUCAACCGAGAUUGUUGUUGCCGAUACUGAUGGAAGCCAUCUCCCACCUUUGGACUAUUCUAUUGGUGAAAGGAACAAGCCCUUCAAGCAGACUUCAGGAAAGGUUGUUGGCGCCUACUUUGUUGAAUGGGGUGUCUACCCAAGGAAGUUCCCCGUUGACCGUGUGCCCAUCCCCAAUCUUACUCAUCUGCUGUACGGUUUCAUCCCAAUCUGUGGUGGAGAUGGCAUCAACGACAGUUUGAAGGAGAUCGAAGGCAGUUUCCAAGCUCUGCAGAGGUCAUGCAGCGGCAGGGAAGAUUUCAAAGUAUCCAUCCACGAUCCUUGGGCUGCUCUCCAGAAACCUCAAAAGGGUUUGUCAUCCUGGAACGAGCCUUACAAGGGUAACUUCGGCCAAUUGAUGAUGUUGAAACAAGCGAGACCAGACCUGAAGAUCUUGCCUUCUGUUGGUGGAUGGACCCUGGCUGACCCGUUCUUCUUCUUCACUGACGAAGUGAAGAGACACCGCUUCGUUGCUUCAGUCAAGGACUUCCUCGAAACCUGGAAGUUCUUCGAUGGUGUUGACAUUGAUUGGGAAUUCCCUGGUGGUAAAGGAGCCAACCCUGAUCUCGGUGCCCCUGAAGACGGUCACAUCUACGUCCAGCUGAUGAAGGAACUCAGACAGAUGUUGAACGAGCUUUCUGCUAAGACUGGUAAGAAGUACGAAUUGACUUCUGCUAUCAGCUCCGGUUGGGACAAGAUCCAGGUUGUGGACUACAAAGAAGCUCAGCAGUACAUGGAUCACAUCUUCUUGAUGAGUUAUGACUUCAAGGGCGCUUGGUCUAACGACACUCUUGGCCACCAGGCUGGUUUGUACGCCCCAGCGUGGAACCCCAAGGAGACUUACACAACUGACUUCGGUGUCAAAUUCCUGUUGGCUCAAGGUGUAAGCCCCAAGAAGAUUGUCGUUGGUGUUGCUAUGUAUGGACGAGGCUGGACUGGAGUCAACGGUUACAAAGAUGGCAAUCCCUUCACUGGUGUAGCGACUGGUCCCGUUAAAGGAACUUGGCAGGAUGGUGUGGUGGACUACAGGGAGAUUGCCAAUGAAAUUGCUCAGGGCAAAUGGGAGUACCAUUAUGACAAGGUGGCUCAGGCACCAUACGUGUUCAGGAAGGAGACUGGGGACCUUAUUACGUAUGAUGACGCGAGAUCGACCAUUGAGAAGGCUAAAUAUGUGAGGAACAAUAAGUUAGGUGGAUUGUUCGCUUGGGAGGUGGAUGCGGACAAUGGUGACAUAUUAAAUGCCAUGAACAUGGGUCUCGGUAAUAAUGCGUGAAGUCAAACUGGUGCGAGUGUUGUGUGUAAAUUGUGAUCGUAAUACUAAGUUUAGGUUUAGGCUGAAUGUCUCAAAUUUUUAUUUACAAAAAUUGUUGAACGACUGAAUCUGUGUAAUUGUAAGUUAAUAUGAAAAAAAAAAAUGUUUAAAUCUUA